GGCUCCCUGCCCACCUCUGCUUCCUCCAGGAACACAGGAGUUCCAGAUCACACCAAGGCCGCCAUGAAUUCACUCAGUGAAGCAAACACCCACUUUGCACUUGAUCUGUUCCAACAGUUCAAAAAAUCAGAGAAGGACAACAUCUUCUAUUCCCCUCUCAGCAUCACAUCAGCAUUAGCCAUGACGUACUUAGGGGCCCAAGGAAAUACUGCGCUCCAAAUGGGCAAGGUCUUUCACUUUAAUAAAGUUGCAGACAACACAAGGGAAAGAUCUACAACUACUCACGUUGAAAAGUUGGGAAAUGUGCAUGACCAAUUUCAAAAGCUUUUGACUGAAUUAAUGAAACCCACUGAUGCCUAUGAGCUGAGCAUCGCCAACAGGCUCUAUGGAGAAAAGAAAUUUCAAUUUCAACAGGAAUACGUAGAAAAUGUUAAGAAAUUUUACCUUGCCGGUGUGGAAUCUGCUGAUUUUAUAAAUGCUGCAGAAGAAAGUCGCAAGAAGAUUAAUUCCUGGGUGGAAAGCCAAACAAAUGGAAAAAUCAAGGAUCUCCUUCCCUAUGGCUCUCUCAGCUCUGCCAUUCUGGUUCUGGUGAAUGCAGUCUAUUUCAAAGGGCAGUGGGACAAGAAAUUUGAUAAAAAAAGAACUGUGGAGGAAAAAUUUUGGCUGAACAAGGAUACCAGCAAAUCCGUGCAGAUGAUGAAACAAACCAGAUCUUUUAACUUCACUGACCUGGAGGACAUGCAGGCCAAGAUCCUGGAAAUGCCAUACAACGGUAAAGAUCUAAGCAUGAUAUUGCUGCUGCCUAAUGAAGUGGAUGGUCUGAAGAAGCUUGAAGAGAAACUCACUGCUGAGAAAUUAAUAGAGUGGACAAGCACACAGAAUAUGAGCAAGAGACUUGUGAAUUUAUAUUUACCUCGGUUCAAAUUGGAAGAGAGCUAUGACCUCAAGGAUAUAAUGAUGUCGCUGGGGAUGCUGGAUGCCUUCAGUCCACAGGAUGCUGACUUCUCUGGCAUGACUGGGAGCCGGAGUCUCGUGGUGUCUAAAAUCCGACACAAGUCCUUUGUGGAGGUGAAUGAGGAGGGCACAGAGGCUGCAGCUGCUACGGCCAUAGGACUUGUUACUGCAACAUCAACAUCAAGUUAUGAAAGUUUCCACUGUGAUCACCCUUUCCUGUUCUUCAUCAAGCACAAUAAGACCAACAGCAUCCUCUUCUUGGGCAGAGUCUCUUCCCCAUAGAUGCAAUUAGCCUGCUACUAAUUUAGGAGGAAGUUCCCAGUAGUGCCAAUAUGUUGAUUACUGGAAAAAGACAAGUUCUCUUUAAUUCUUUGUCCUUUUCAAUCUUAUAGUUAUCACUAAGAACAUAACGGUUGAAAUUGUAUGACUGACUAUCUCUCUCUUUCUAUGAACACAUGUAAACCUACUUUAUUUCUCCAUGACAAUUCCCCCUUGGAUAAAAUGUUCAAGGUAAGAUAAAAAGAUAUUUCAACACUCUAUCUUCUCCUAAAUUUGAAAUAUCAUAUCUGUUAUUUCAAAUACUAUAUCUAUUAAUCAAACUUAUUAACCUAGACAACCCCAUUUAUUUGAAUUUAUGUGAUGUCUGGGACCUUACAUCUCUAAACUUUCAAUUUUAUGAAAUACAUUAUCAAUAAAGCAAUGACUUUCUCAUAUUA